ACCAUUUUCUUGGUACAUCUCCAUUAUUAUUAUUAUCAAUAUUAGAGCAAGCAUAACUUUUGAUAUGUGUAAUAGAGCUUUGAAGGCAUGUAGAGUGUUUGUAGAGGAUAUAAUGUGUUAAGAACCAUCGACUCAUCACCAACACUCUGGUCACAAGGGUGGGAGGAGCUCUGACUAUUAUACUACAUAAAUGACUCCACACACACUGCCUCCUACAAAAUAAUCACUCCAGAUACACUACAAGAAACAGUGACAAUAUUUUCACUGGUUUUGGGAUGUUGAGCAGUGUGGGAGACUGAGAAGCUCAGUGUUACUACACUAGUGCAAGAUAUCUUACACUGAAUGUAGUUGACAGCUAACAAGAAGGUUAUAUAGAAAAGUAAGAGCCAUGGCUACUUUAUUUGACCAGUAUGAGUCCCUGCAGUAUGGGCUGAGUGGCGGCUACAAACAUUCCAUACUUGGCACUACAACUUUCAAGAAUCAAAAACUGGAGGAAGAAGCUGCAAUAUUCUUGAAAGAUCGCCAAGUUAACUUCAUUCCUACACAUCCUAUUACUCAUCUAGUUGUGUCCAACCAUCACCUGGUCUUGGCCAUGGCUAACAAGAAGUUAAUACGAAUAAAUUUGCUUCAGUCCAACCCUAGCAAUAUAGAAGAUCAAGAAGUGGACAUUAGCAAAUUUGCUCUGCAAGCAAAGAUUCACAACAUCUUUCUUGACCCAACAGGACAGCACCUCUUGAUCAGUAUUGUGAGUAGAGAUGGGAACACUCCUGUAGACAUGCUUUAUCUGCCUCUGCGUUCUAAUAAGCCAAAGUCAACCAAUAAAUUAAAAGGUCAUCUUGUAACAGCUGUGGGGUGGAAUCAGAAGAACCAGUCUGACAGCGUGACCGGACCAGUUUUGGUUGGAACGAGCAAAGGAGUGAUUUUAGAAAUGGAAUUUACUUCGGAUGAAAGACUUUUCCAGUCAAGUCAUGAGGAAUAUUGUAAACAACUCUUUGACAUAGGGAAGGAUGUGCCUGUUACAGUGACUAUGUUAGAAAUCCAUAGCAGUCCAACUGAUGAGCUAAAAUUUCUUGUGCUGUGUACUACUCACGACAAAUUGUAUCAGUUUUCAGGGCAUAUCAAGUCUUUAGAGGAAAGGCCAGUGUUUGUGUCAGUUUUUAGUAACUAUUUAGGUUUACCGCCAAGGUUCGUUGAAUUGCCCAGUAAGUGGAAAAACUCGUGGCUUCAGCUAUAUCAUCCUCCAAAUUCUUUGACACCUAAACAUUUUGCAUGGCUUUCUGAACAGGGUGUGUACACUGGAGAUAUUGUUUGGACAGGACCGCCAGAUGAUAUGAUAGUCAAUAAAAAGCUCCACGCAAAUCCUGAAGGCAUUGAGAAUAACGGCAUUCCCUGUGGUAUGAUUGUUUGUGAGUUCCACGUUCUUAUUGUGUGGCCAGACAAGAUACGUGGAUUGUGCAUUCUUAAUAAUCAAGUUGUGUUUGAAGGUACGGUACCAGAGGAAUGUGGAAAAUUGAUUGGGAUAUCGAAAGAUUUGGUGAAAGGAACAAUUUGGAUUUAUGCAGAAAGAGGAGUUUUUAAGUAUAAGGUUGACAGAGAAGGGAGGAAUGUGUGGCGAAUAUAUCUAGAUCAUGGAAAUUAUGAACUGGCCAAGAAACAUUGUAAAUCAGACCCUUCAUGUCUGUCUGUUGUGUUGUUACAAGAGGCUCAAGACCUCUUUCAAAAGAAAGAGUACCUUCAGAGUGCUAUGCUUUUUGCUAAAACAUUAACUUCAUUUGAAGAAAUAAGCUUGAAAUUUGUUGAAGUAGAACAGGAAGAGGCAUUAAAAAUUUAUUUACAUGAGAAGUUGGAUGCCCUGAAAGUGAGUGAGCAAACUCAGGUUACUUUAGUGGUGAUGUGGUUGCUAGAGUUGUACCUCAAGCAGUUGGGGAACUUGCGGGAUGCAGGAAAGCAAAACACCCAAGAGUACAGUAACUGUGAUGAGCAGUUAAAAACUCUUCUUCGGGACCCAAAAGUACGUCAGUGUGUGACGAAUAAUUCAACGGCAAUUUACGAGUUACUCUCUUCACAUGAUGAUCAGGAUAAUUAUGUGAGUGUUUCACUGAUGCUCAAAGACUACGAUCGGGUGCUACGUCAUCUAAUGCGUCAUGGACGUCACACUGAGGCCCUGGAGGUAUUGGCAACAAGAGGGUCUGAACAGUUGUUUUACCAACAUUUUCCUGCACUGAUGCAAACUGUUCCAGAAGCUGCAGUAGAUGCCUUGAUUUCACAGGGUAGGAGAAUAAAUCCUAUAAAGUUACUUCCAAGCCUUGUUCAUUGCCAUACCUCACAUGGCAGUGGGGCAGAUAUUCUUCGCUAUUUAGAGUAUUGUGUUGAUAAAUUAGAAGUUACUGAUGAAGUACUGCAUAAUUUUUUGAUAACCCUUUAUGCCACUGAAGCUCCAGAAAAAUUAUUGCCGUACUUCAAGUUGCAGGGUGAUGAUAGUCAGAGUGUCCAUUAUGAUGUCAAAUUUGCUCUUAGGGAAUGUAUGUCAGUUGGGGAGGAUAAAGCAUGUGUGCACAUACUCACCACCAUGGGGCUUUAUCAGGAAGCUGUAGAGUUAGCAUUAAAGCUAGAUACAUCUUUAGCCAAGGCAACUGCAAAUCGUCCUAAAUAUGAUCAAGAUUUGAGGAAAAAGCUUUGGCUAAUGAUUGCAGCUCAUGUAGUUCAGGAAGAACAAGAUGUGUCACGUGCCAUGGAGGUCCUGAGGGAAUGUGAUCUUAUUAAGAUUGAGGACAUUCUUCCAUUUUUCCCAGACUUUGUAACAAUUGAUCAGUUUAAGGAUGCCAUAUGUUCUUCACUUCAAGAAUAUAACCAACACAUAGAAGAUCUUAAACAAGAGAUGGAUGAUGCAUCUAAAGCAGCAGAGAAUAUUCGUAAAGAUAUUCAGAAGUUUAAGCAGAAGUUUUCAUACGUACACUCACAAGAUCGAUGUUGCGAAUGCAACUAUCCUCUUCUUACAAGACCAUUUUAUUUGUUUCCUUGCUCUCACAAGUUCCAUCAAGACUGUUUGUCAGACUCAGUCAUGGGCUAUUUAAGUGAGGUAAAACAAAAGAAAGUUUCAGAGCUAAAGGGAAAAUUAUUGGCAAUAUCUAAUGAUGAGUGUGGAAUAGGAACAGCAGGAUUUUGGGGCGAUAGAGAGCAAAUUAGAGCAGAAAUAGACAGCUUGGUGGCAGGGGAGUGCCUCUAUUGUGGUGAAAAUGUUGUGUCCAAUAUCGACUCUCCAUUUAUCAGUAAUAGAGACUGGGAUGCUCUUAUGGCUGAAUGGCAGUAAGGAAGCUGCUUUCCAUAAUGUACAAUUUGUGAUCUGUUAAUUAAAGGAAGAUAAUUUUUUGUAAUUUAUAUAUAUUGUAUAUUUUACUUUAUUUAAUGUCAUAAUGUUUUAUAUAUG